AUGGUUACCUCUGAUUUGACCCGCAGUGCAGGUUAGCUCUUGUCCACUCCUCCUUGGGAUAUAUCCAAUAUACCUACUCCCAUGACCUCUUCUCCUUCUGUCCUAUUGAAGUGGCACAUUCUAACACCUUGUGAACUUACAUUUUAUGCAAUUGACACAACUAAGGUUACUUGGACUGAAAAGUCAUAUACAUUGACAAGUUGUCACAUUAUGCAUUGCCAACCCCAUUUGUACGAGGCUGAUCAGUCCAGGUAAGGAUCGGUUCAGCCUAUUCCUCUUUGCAUCUCCACUUACAUACAAAUAUAUAUAAUCUUACAUUUAUUCCCUACUGAUUGUCAAAAGUCCACCGAUUUAUGAACAGAUCAGAGACUCUUGACUUGUAACUCUGGAGAUAUCUGAGUGAGUCGGGGCUGUUGAUUUUGAGCUGUGAUCUGAGACAAAGGUACAGUCCUCCAUUACUGAUAAUUGGUUUGUGGUUCUUGAUUAGCAGAUGCUGAUGCGUGGUUCAAUAGCCUGUUCAUAAUCCAUCACAACAUACACUGUUGGCUACCAGCUUUGUUCAUUGCUAUUGACUCCAGAAGAAAUACAACACCUAUCUGUGGGAUAGCACAUCAUCAUUUCAUGAGAAUAUUACAAAAUGAUUCUGAUCUUGGGGAAGCUAUGUAAACCUCCUAGGGACAACCAGAUACAGCUUUCUGUGUACAUCCAUCUGAGGUAGGACGGAAAAUCCCCUCCAAAUCAACGAAGUUCGAUUUUAUUUCAUCUCUUCUCCAAGAGACUGACUUAUCGUGGUAUGGAUACCAGAGUCGGCAUAUUUGUAAGUGCACGCAAAUAGGAUGAUGAGAGCCAGGCUUUCCUUGAAUUGGAGGAAUAUUACAAACUCUUCAUAGUAAUAUUGUAACACGAUAUCAUAAAAUGAGUGCGAAACAAGUACAAUGAGAUAAAUUAUGAUGAAGGCAACCAGACCAGAAAGGGAUUCAAGUGUUUGAAAGAUUGAUUUGAAAAUAUACUGAACAGAGGUACUAGGUAUCUUAUUCAAAGCCACCGACCUACAUGAAACCAACAGCUUGUAGGAGGAUUUAUAUAACAUGAUCUCAAGUUGAUGCAUAGGUACGACCGACCUAUCAUGAAGAUUCUAACAUCAAUGUGGCUCACCAGACAAUACCUAACUCCUCUUCUUUUUUUCCCCUGAUAAUGAGGUGAAGGAUAUGAUGGGUCUCUAGCAAUGCUUCCUUCAUAUGGAAUUUGUGAGGAGCCUUUAAGGACAAUGAGGGUGGCGAGACUUACAUAGAAUAGGAACUCACCAUCAGGCCUUCUCGAUUGGGUAAUCACCCAUUUCCCCCAUUUCACCCGCACUCAUGUACCCAACCAUGCACUUUCCCUUUUCAUUUCACUUUAACAGUACCGACUUCCAUCAACCAUCAAAUGUUCUUUCACCAGUUUGUUUGUCAGAAGUGUUAUCUUACAACUACCUCUUCGUUUCUCAUCAUCAUCAUCUGUAGAUCUACAGAUUCUCAUAAGCUGGGGAUUAUAUUUUGGUCAGCUUCAAAUCACUUUCUGCCACUUCUUUUAACCUUAAACUCGUAUCUGCAUACCAUUUCUUUGGCCUUCCCCCAGAGUGAAUAAUUACUUUCUUCAGUGUUAUCUUCAAGUCAUCAUUAAUCAUAUCCAAGUGGGCAUACAUCAAAUGCAUCCACAAUGGCAACAGUUCCACCGGGAAAACAGCCAUUGAGUCGCGAAAGGGGCUAUAGUGGUAUUAGUACUGGUAAUGGUUCAAUUGGCCCAAGUGGUAUGAAUCCUUUGCGACCGAGAGCGAGUAUCGACAAAGCAUCAAUACGCAAUGGGAGCUCGAUCAGAACCUUUCAAGAUAGUAGCACUCCGCCCUCACUACCAAAAGGUUUUGAGGGUAUGUUGAAAACUACAACCGAAACAGGGGAUAUUGGUUUAUUCUCUAUCAAGCCUUCGCGCCUACCUCAAUCUUCCAAUACAUUGCCACGGCGCAGUAAUGGAGGUUAUAGAGACCAUGAUCCUCUGCAGAGGCCACGGCCGAUUUUCCAGACUUAUGGCGCACCAAUAGUUGAUGACAGAAGACGACUGCCAUCUUACACAAGAAAAGGUUCCUCAGGUAUCAAAUCAUUGUAUGAUUCUUCCAGCGUCAAGUCUGUCAAUUCAAGCAAUAGGGGCUUUGAGGACCCUGAUUAUCGAUCUUACUCAAUGACCCAGACAGCAUCCAAUUCAGCAUAUACUCUUUCUAACCAAAGGUCAUAUGCAAGCCUGCGCAGUCAGCAAGAUGGAGCUGUACUUGUCCAACGGCCUCGAUCUCCAUUCGCAUACCCAACACGCUUGAGACGUCCUGGAUUCAGACCCUCUUCUCCAGCCCUCACUGAUGGUGGUGGGGUAGACUAUAGUCGACGUGCGGAGAUAGAUCGGAUCCCUUAUGUUAGUCUUUCCCAUUCUUACUACGAGACUGCCACUUCGAGUCAUUUUCUAGCUAACAUCGUGCGACAGGGAGCUGUUCGCAACGUAUCUUCACCAGCUUCGUUAUACGCCCAGAAACGAGUGCCACCACCAUUGUCAUUACGACCAGAAGCCAAUCGAUCAACCCCCUCAUUGUUAAGCCAGCCUUCACCGAAGAGACGUACACCAAGUCCUAACCUACGUCAAGGUAAUGGAAUGACGGGAUCAGAUUGGCAUCGCCGCAACGGCCCAGCUUCGAUCAACACAUCUCCAGCGCGAAGUACACUCAGCCUUGCCUCGACUACAAAUUUCGUGCCGACGACUUUGUCACAAUCUGCAACAAAUACGCCAGGAAAACCAUCACCUUUGUACUAUGACUAUACCGAAGACUUCGAAGUUGAAAAUCAAAACCGGUCAAACUUGGAGCCACCACCACAAUUUCAACUGCAAAGAACAAUUCAUGAAGAUCGACCUUUGAGCUCAGCACUUUUGCCUCUUGCCCAUAGCUUUCCCUCUAGACUCAACGGAAGCAAUACUCAUCAUCUUCGUGCAUCAUCAUCGGCAUCCACUAUAAUUCGACACCCGACGAGAAAGAACAGUGCAGAGAGUACACAUGACGUUCCGAACGGGGUUGGUCAUGUUCGAGCUGCAUCUAGUAUUAAUGCUGAAAAUGGGGAAAGCUCUGCUUCAUCAGAUAAUGUCCCCAAUGACAGCAGUUCAAUCGACAUGUCAAAUUUAGGUGCCAAUGCUCAAGAAUUGAACUCGCGGGUGUCUAUGGCUUUUGGCCUACUCCCUUCGUCAUCAUUUGAAGUCAAGAUCACACCAGGUUCUGUAGAAAUUGAAGCUAACCAGGCUGAGACCACACUUGUGGCAGUUAACAGCAUGAUUGCAAAGACCAGACAUCAACAACGGUCUUCAUCAUUACCAACCACAAAAAUAGAAGUUUCUUCCACAUCUUCUCCAUCAACAAAUGGUUCUCAGGAAAUUACUACAAAUGAUGAUCUUGCAAAAGGAAUCAUUUAUAAAUCCGAUAAUCAAAGUUUUAGUGAUCAUUCAAAUACUAGGAAGCGUCCCACUACAGAUCUUCAGCAACCAGCGAAGGAUGCAGAUGAAUGUGAUGAUGUAUCAAAAUUCGAUCCUAUGCACGCAAGUAGAGUUACGUCUAGUGGUGUCUUCAACAUUGAUACUGGUCUCGAUGAACUAGCCAAUUUAAUGCCUACUGAUGAUCCUGGUCGAUCCAACACCUUCGGUAGUGGUUAUCCCUCUGGGAUUCGGAGGACACCUAUGAUGUCACCAACAUUACCUCGCGACUCUUACUUUGAUACUCCUUCGGUGCACCGUACCAGCCCUCCCUUGCCACCAAUCAAGAAAUUAGAAAAAGACUACAUUCACAGCGUGGUUCCUGAUGAAGGUUUCAAAGAUGGGCUCCAAGUCUAUGAGCGGCGACUCGAAAAGGGUAAAUUGCCUAGUUAUAGGCCAUCUGAGCUUCACAAUCUCAGUGAGCAGGUCCCGAGCAAGAUUAUGCCUAGACCUGAGUCUCCCAUGUUAGCCCCCAAACCCAUCUCACCAGCAAGGGAAUUAAAAUUAAAAAACAGCGUGCCACAGCUUAUGAAGUCUCUCCCCAAAUUGCCCGACUCUUCCAUUCGUGGGUUGACAGUACCUGGAAGGUCCGCCAUAUCAGACGCCAAUAUUGCGUGUCACUUUUCAGAAAUUUUGUCUGGAGGAAAAUUCAAACCAGUCGAAGAGGGUGUAGUGGUCUCGUCGCCGAUCAAGGCAUCGAAGACUUAUCCCUCUCUGGAAAAGGAAAAUGUUAAAAAUUCAUUAGAGCAAGCCGAAUUGAUCCCUAGCCCGAGCAAAAAGCAGGAGGUUGAGUCGAUUAAAGAGAGUCAUGGUCCUCGCUCUUCACCUAUGAAAUUGAAGCUCAAGGUCAGAAAUCCUGUUGUGGAAAAGCCAUCAUCUUCGGAGCUUGGUGCCAGGAAAAAUGAGGACACUUCUUCUUGGGCUAAUUUACAAGACAAUACUUCACUACUGAACACCCAAGAAGAACAAGGCGGGGAGCUUAAACCUGUCAAACUCAAGUUGAGACUCACUAGAGCUACAGGCUCAGAACCCUCUGGAACUGUAAGGAUAUACAAUGAUUCUGGAGAUCAAUCCAAUAACGAUUUGAAUAUACCAUGUCCGAAGGAUUUAUUCACACCCACCACUGGAUUUGACAAUAUCUUCCGACACGUUAGUAGACAUCUUCAUUCGCGGAGACCUAGCGCCAACAGUGAUCAGCAACUUGAAGAUGGCGCCAUUGAAUUGAUGCCAAGUCAAUUAUCACUAAAUGUGCCUCCUCGCUUGGAUCUUGGCAUGCCUCAUAGUGAACCAUCUGGGAAUUUACCGAGCCCCUCGGAUGCAAGAAGCUUUUUUUCUGAUGACAGCUCUCAUCGCAAUGGGAAUCAUGGUUUAAGAAAAAGAAUUUCCAACUUUCGAGCUCGCGUUGGUGUGCCAUAUGUAGCUCGAAAUGGAUCAUAUUCUUGUGACGAUAUAGUUUGGAGAGAUCAAAGUGGAGGCGUUGGCCAAUCACCUCUAGCUGCUAAAUCUGUCGCUGAUCUCAAUGCCACGAGAGCCAGCUUCGUAGAAUCACCUAAUCCUCGACGUCCCGAGCAUAAGUUGCAUGCACAUCGACUACGAGCAAAGGUGUCUGAAUGGUUUCGUGGAGCACGUGCUGCUAUCUCCGCUCGUGUCAAAUUACGAAGUACAACCAAUACUGGUAAUGAGAGAUCAAGGGCGAGUGCGUAG